CACGACGCGAUGACCCGUCCUUUGUCGCGUCGCGGUGGGGAAAUCCUCGCACGCGGCUGAGAUCUCUCUCUCACCCCGCCUCCUGUAAUACGAUCAGCUGAAAAGCCAUCAGAACCCACGCUCCUCUCUGUUCACUCCUUCUGGUCCACUUUAAUUCAUCCAGCUGAACGCAAGAAACGCGCGCGAGGAUGCGGGCGAUUCCGUCAGAACGCAGUCCUUUCUCGGUCUCCGCUCUCUGUGGAGUGGCUGUAUGUUUGUCCAUGUGGACGUGCGCGGUCCAGUGUGAGAGCUUCGCUUGUUCUCCGCCCGCGGCGUCAGUGCAGGAGCUCGCGCGCCGCUCAGGGGUCGUGUUUGAGGGGAAGCUGCAGGAGGAAGAGCGAGCAGAGCGGAACUGGACUGAAACGCGGGGUGAGUCGCCGGUGAACGUGUCGCGGCAGGUGCGCAUCAGAGUGCAGCAGGUGUGGCAGCUGAAGGCGGGAGGGCUGCUCAAGGACUCUGUGGUGUCUCUCAUCUGGUUUGAAGAUGGCAGAUGUGUCCAUCUCAACACCGGGAUCCAGUACAUGUUCUUUAUGGAACCCACAAAUGACACGUCCGUGUUCACGGCAGUUUUCCCGCCGGUGGAGACCAAGCGCACCGUGAGGAAGAAUGUGAGUCAGGUGCUCUGUCAGGACUGCGCGGAACCCAAGUUAAAGGACCUGCGGAGCGUGACAGUGGAGGAUGGAAAAAAGACCGUACUGAAGUGUGAGAUUGUGGCGGGAAAUCCAGCUCCCAGCAUUAAGUGGUACAAGAACGGAAAAGAACUCACAGGCAAAAACAAACCCAAAGGCAUAAAGAUUAAAAAAAAGAAACAGGGGAAAAUAUCUGAACUGUUGAUCAGGAAGUCCACAGAAGCAGAUGCUGGUUUAUACACCUGUGAGGCAGUCAACAACCUUGGAAAAACAAAUACUACAGCAAGCCUAACCAUCAGGAAAUCGGCCACCAGCACCACUCCCUCAGCCAAGACCUCCAGUCAUGUGACGCGCUGCAGCGAGAGCGAGAGGAACUACUGCGUGAACGGCGGCGAAUGCUUCACGCUGGAGGUCACACCCGGCAACAUCAGACGCCUCUGCAGGUGCUCCAAUGAGUUUACUGGUGAUCGCUGCCAAAACUACGUAAUGGCCAGCUUCUACAAACAUCUUGGGAUUGAAUUUAUGGAAGCUGAGGAGCUCUAUCAGAAACGCGUUUUGACUAUAACAGGCAUCUGCAUCGCUCUUCUAGUUGUUGGCAUCAUGUGUGUGGUGGCUUACUGCAAAACAAAGAAACAGAGGAAAAAGCUGCAUGAUCGUUUGCGGCAGAGUUUACGCGAGCGAAACGCUGUGGCCAAAGGCCCUCAGCACCGCCACUCUCCACCCGAAAACCUGCAGCUGGUCAAUCAUUACAUGCGGGAAAAUACCAACCCUCCUCAUGUGCAUGUGAUGGACAAAGAAAUGGAAACAUCUAUCUCCACAAAUGAGUUCACCUCAUCAACACAUCCGUCCUCUGCUGUCACUCACUCCUCCAGCCAGUGCUGGAGUAAUGGGAAAGCAGAGAGUGUGGUUUCUGACAGUCACGCAGUCCUGGUCAAGUCAUCGGUGGAGAACUGCCGGCACGGUACGUCCGGUCACAGGGGGCGUCUGAAUGCUACCGGAGGAGUCCAUCAGCUCAACGAUCACCUGAAGAGCUGCAGAGAGACCCAGGGCUCCUGCAGAGACUCCCCCUACAGCCAGAGGUAUGUUUCGGCCAUGACUACACCCAGCUGCUUGUCCCCCGCGGGGCUUCUCUCUCCAGCGACGCCCUCCUCGCCUCCCUCCGAGAUGUCGGCUCCUCUGUCCAGCCUGGCGACCUCCGUUCCUUCCAUGGCAGCGAGUCCCUCGGAGGAGGAGCGCCCCCUGCUGUUCCGGACCCCACCGAUCCUGCGUGACAAAUCCGGUCUAAAUCAGUCAGGCCAUAACCUCCGCAACUCGGCUCACUACAAUCAUGGCCUGGAGCUGCCCAGCCCUGCGGCCAGCCCUCUGCACAUUGUGGAGCAGGAGGAGAGUGCACAGCAGUACCAAAGCACAGCCGCAGCGUCCCCCCCACACAGUCCCACUGCAGGCCACCGUAGCUCAAGAACUCAGCCGAGUGAAGAGAUCAAAUCAUCUGGGCUGAAAGCAAACCAAAAGGUGACUUAUUUUUUCUUGCCAUGCAGUCUCUUGAUUUUUGGUCUGAUGGUCUGA